AUGGGAUCAAGAAAAACAAAUGCUAGAGGAAGACAGCUGCAAGAAUUAUUCAAAGAAGGCUUUAUUGAAUGUGUCAACGAUGAUAGUACAACAUUUGAAAAGAAUGAUUAUGAAGAAAAACUCGACUGGAUAUUAGCAAGUCAACCACUUCUUUCAUUUAUAUCAAAUGUUGAAACUCAUCCAACAAGAGGCACACAAAGUGGACAUAAGCCGUUAACCUUCGAUAUUCCAAUUGGAGUUGAACCAAAACCACCAUCUCCAAGAUUAUCCCUCAACUUCAAAGCAGCGAAUUGGCCAAAAUUCAGAAGUAAAUUAAAUGAACAACUAAUGCUAUGGAACAAUAAUCGUCUCAUCAAUUCAGCAUUAGAUAUACAAGAAUAUGCAUCGUUCAUUACCAACAGCAUUACUUCAGCAACACAAGAAGCCAUACCAACAUCGAAACAACUAAAUGCAAACAUUAAACCAAGUGAAGCAACCAAACAUCUGAUCCAGCUCAAACAUAAAACUUAUCGCAAAUGGAAGAAGACUGGAGAAGAUAGUGAAAAACAACAAUAUUAUAAAUACAAGACAAAUAAAGAUAAACAACAUCCGUCAAGUUAUCGCCCGAUUAGUCUUCUUAGUUGCCUCGGCAAACUUUUGGAGAAGAUAAUCAAGCAACGGCUAAUGGUUAUACUUGAACGACGUAACAUCAUGCCAGAACAUCAAGCUGGCUUCCGACCUCGAAAAAGUACCUUAAACAACAUCAUAAGGUUAACAAAAUAUGCACAACAACAUAUGCAUUCAUCUAGUCGUCGUCGACAUGCAGCAGUUAUAUUAUUCGAUAUAAAAGCUGCCUUCGACUCUGUCUGGCACGAUGGAUUAAUAUAUAAAUUAAAUGAACUACGUCUACCACAAUACUUAACAAAUUAUCUCAUCUCUUUUCUACAGAAUAGAACUGCGGCAAUUGAAAUUGAAAACAUCCUAUCAAGACCAUUUAACCUUAAUAGCGGUACUCCACAAGGAUCUCCGUUAUCACCAUUACUUUAUAUUAUUUAUACGGCAGAUUCGGUGAAUGGAAUACCAGAACAUACAGAACAUGGUCUAUUUGCCGAUGACACUGCUCUAUGGACAUCAUCAAACACAAUAACAAGCCUUACUUCUAGGCUACAACAAUCCAUAGACGAAUUUCAAAGUUGGUGCAAUUCAUGGAAACUUAAACCACAACCCAGUAAAACUGAGCUAGUUCAUUUUACUGUACAUCCAUGUAAAAAGUUUAAGAAUCCAAUAUCCGUCAAAAUAGAUGAUACAAUCGUUAAAACAUCCAAUUCAACAAGAUAUUUAGGUGUUAUCAUCGAUAAAACGUUGAAUUGGAGAGCUCACAUCCACCAUAUCGAAACGAAGAUUGCUGGUCGUAUUAGUCUGCUUCGAUUUUUAAAUCGAGCAGCAUACGAACCCAACGACAAAAUUAUGCUGAACAUCUUCAAGUCGAUUGCAAGAACCAUUAUCAUCUAUGGUUAUCCAAUUCUUCUAACAGCCAACAACAAAAUAUGGGAAAGAUUACAAAUUAUGCAAAACAAAGCAAUUCGUGCUGCAUUAGGAUUACCCAUAUACACAUCAGUCGAAUAUAUCCAUCGAAUCACCAACAUUCCCAAAAUUAAACAAUAUGCCGUUACACUACUACAACGUUAUAUUCAAACAGCAACAUCAAACAACGACAACGUAUUAAGAAACAAUUUACAAGAAAUAUUUAACAAUAUGUAA